AUGAUGACCGGUGGUCGGGAAAAAAAUAAUCGAAAUUUUCCAUCCCACAACUGUACCGUGCGCCAUGAUGUCGAUCUGGUGAAGUUGCUUAUACCCGCCGACUCCUUCCCACGCAGAAUCGCACGAUGGUGGCGCCGCAUUUGCCUGAUCGAUCACCACAGCCCGGUAACGAGAUUCGUUUUUCGCAGCGAUACGGCGAUAAAGCGCGAAAUGUCACGUCAGCUCACGUACUACCCGGGCACAAUACAUCCGCUAAGCUAUUUCCGGUUCGUCUGGGAGUGUCUGAUGAUAGUUACGUUCGCGACCGCUUUCCAGCUGAUCCCGUACGAUGUAACGUUUCUGUACCGGAUAGGUGACUACUAUCCCUUCACGGCCUUUCACGUGGUGCUUUUAGGCACGGAUUUCAUUUGCCUGCUUGAUGUGGUAAUGUCUAUGUACACCGGAACGUACCAACGGAGAAGCCAACAGGUCGAACUCAACCUGAACAGCGUCCGGAAACGAUACAUGCGCGCGUGGUUCUGGAUCGACGUCAUCAGCUCUGCACCGGAUCCACUGUUAACCAAACUCAUCCCUCCAUCGACACUCGACAACUCGUUGGUUUACUGUCUACACAGGCUGGACUAUCAUCCCGGGUGCCUGUGGGAUCUAUGGAGCUUGAUGUCGGUGAUUAAAAUCUUCCGCUUUCGCACGUUUUUACGCCACAUUCGCAGCCUUUGUCAGCGGUUCGGGUUGCGUCGCAAUGUCAUCAAGUUCAUCGCCAUCCUCGCCACGGUACUGACCGUGUUCCACUGGAGCACCUGUCUGAUGUUUAUGGUUUUGCGGCUAGUACAGGGGACCGAUUCAGCACUGGUAGACGAACGUUCCUGGUCGCGGAAGAUAUCGUUUUGGAAUCAAACGUCUUUUGUUCGCUACAUGGAAUGCUCCUAUCGAACCCUGUACACCGUAACGCACAUCACGCAUGACUUCAACGAAUCCAUGACCUACGACGAUAUGGUGAUGUCCCUUAUCUACACCAUCAGUGGGUACAUACUGAAGAUUUACCUACUGGCCGAGUUGCUUAUUUUUAUACGCAUUCUGUUCUCCAGCACAAGCAAAUACCACGAGUAUCGCUACGAGCUGAGCAACUACAUGCGCCACGAACAAUUGCCGGCCGCACUGCAAAAACAGAUCUUGAGCUACUACGACUUUCGCCAUCCGAAGAUUUACAGCCGCUGGACACUGAUCCGGUCGGUGCUUGGGGAGCAGCUUUACGAUGAAAUGCGGAUGGAAAUUCUUGGACCGCUGCUCCGGACCUGCCCGUUGCUUCGUGCCACAUUCUCCGACCAGCAGCUGACAGCGCUGGCACUCGGCAUGGACUUUCAGCUAUUCAUGAAGAAUGAUAUUAUUGCCCGGUGGAAGGGUGCCGGGUCCGACGAUGAGAGACACUGGAGUAUGGUGUUUAUAGUGACGGGUACGGUGGCCAUAUACACGAGCGGUUGGAAGGAAGUGUUGCAUCUGGAGAAUGGGGAACAUUUUGGAGAAUUUCAGCUGCUCUUUGAUGCAGACACGGUGAAAUUUCCCAAUCUGGUCGCUGUGGAAAAUACCGAGCUGUAUACAUUGUCUCGGGAAUGGCUGGAUCGAUUCCUGCAGCCGUACCCGACCGUGCGCCAGAAUCUAAUCGACCUAGCGAACGAGCAUCUACGUCAGAUGGGCGAGAUGCAGCGUGGGACCGUGCUAGAUACGCUGGCCAAUGUCGAGACGGUACGUAUGCAACGCAGCAGGUCACACGGUACCGAGUGA